AUGGCUGCCCGCUACCCGCACUUUACCUUCAAGCUGUACAUGAAGGACCCGGAAGAGUAUGACGAUGGCGUGCGCAAGGCCGCUGAUACCAUGGGCUUUGUCGUCGGAAAGCUUGCGAGUACGCCUCAACCGGCGGUGCAGCCGCAGCCGCAGCCCUCGACCCUCGCCAGCGCCUUGUCGUCGAGUUCGAUCUCUGCUGCUGGCCCAAAGUCAAACGCCUUUGUCUCGCCGCUCAUCUGGACCGGCGUCGGACGGUGGGUUGGCUCGGUCGACGAGUUUGCCGCCGUGCUGGAGCACAAGUACGACUUGUUUGACACUGAGCCGCCCGAGGUCUACGAGGCCAUUGCCGCAGAGAACAUGGCGGUUGUCGCCGCUCGCCAGGAGGCCGAGGCCAAGGCUGUUCAGGCCGCCUUCCGCGCCCAAUUCGACGACACUCGCCUCCCAACCGAGCUGGCCUAUGUCCUCGGUAACCGGCUCAUCCGUGAGCCGCCGGCCGAGGCCCCACGCCUCCCGGUCGUUGCCACCAUCGAUGGCGAGGUCGUCACCUCGGUUGUCGGCUGCUCGUACGAGACCGGCCUUCUUGCUCUCAAGAAGGCCCGCCGCGCCACCAAGCAGUUCAACGGCAUGCCGUUGGAGAGCCGCCUCGCCGUGGCAAACAACCUCGCCCACGCCCUCGCCUCGGUCGCCCGCAAGUUUGCCGCCGUCGCCGCCGCAGAGUCGGGCAUCCCGUUUGUCACCGCAGAGGCCCGGGUUCAGGCUGCCUUGGACCAGCUCGCCGCCGCCGUUGCAGGCAUGCAGGCUGUGGCGAGCGCCGACAAGGCCAAGCUCGACGCCGCCCGCGCAGAGUACAUGGCCAAGGUCCACGAGUGGUACUACGUCAAGAACGCACCCAUCGAGUACGUCAUGCUGCCCGAGGCCGAGACCUCCGAAGUCACCCCCGACGCCACUGGCGACGAUACCGGGACCGAGAUGCUGUCGUCAACCGGCCCGCACGACGAGGUCUCCUCGCGCUCCUCGUUCACCAUGUACUCGACUCGUACCUCGUCCGAAGCCGAGAUCAACGACCAGAUGUCGGUGACCUCGGGUGCCUCACGCUCGCUCCUCCGCGUCGGCUCCGUUUCCGACUCGACUGCCUCGCUCCAUCUCCCCAACAUCAACUCGCCUUACACGGCUUCGACGCCGCUGAUGGCAGGAGGUGGGGCUUCAAUCGCAAACAACAUGCACAAGCUCUUCUCCGUCCCGUCCAUCCUUCGCAACGCAAACGCCGCCUCGGUCACUUCGGUCCUCUCCUCGGCUUCGUCCGCCAAGGCCGGGCCGUCGCUCGUCGAGCCGCAGCCAUACGUCCCCACUCACGCCCGCCUCGGAGUCGGCCCGGUCCUCAUCUAUGUCGACAACCACAUGCCGCUCGACCUUGUGGUUCACAUGAUGGCCCCGGCCCUGGUCUCGGGCACUCCCUUUGUUGUCCUCGCCCCGCCCGAGACUCCGCUCACGACGCUGCUGCUCGGAGCCGUCCUCUCGUCGGUCGGCGUUGACCUGCCGCGCGGCGCCUUCUCCUUCCUCGUUUUGCCCAACCCGGAAGAGCGUGCCAAGCUCGCUGCUGACGAGCGUGCCGGCGCCCUCCUCGCCCUCGCCGACCCGGCCAGGCUCGCUGCCCUCGAGGCUCCGCUUGCAGAGCUGGACGCCAUCGCUUUCUCCGAGGCCAAUGCCGUCCUCGCCAAGCAAAUGGCUGAAAAGGCCGGGCCCAUGCACUCGAUCGGCCUCGCUGCCGCCAUCACCGUCGACGCCACUUUCUCAGGCUCGACCUCUGGCGUCCUGCCCACCAUAGGCCCAUCCAACACCCGCAACUCUCUUCUCGCUGGCUCACGCGAAGACUCGGCCGAGUCGCUGCACCAGCUCAACGACUCGAUUGCCCGUCUCGAGCUGGACAAGGUCCGGGACGCCAGCUCUGACUCGGGCUCGGCCUCGCCUGAGCCGAGCAGCGGCAACGAGCCGGACUCAGACCCGGAUGCAACAGAUGCAGCCGCGGGCAACGAGGCUGAGCAAGCUGCUCCGCCGGCCGGCCCCUCCCCGCUCAUCACCAUGUCGCCGCUCGUCACCCGGGCCAUGUUUGGCUCCUGGGCCCUGCACUUUGCCCCGCUCCGGCGAGUCCUUGUCCACGCCUCGCACGAGGACGCUGUGGUCAGUGGCCUUGCCGCCGCUGCCGCUGACAUGUUUGCCGCCUCUGGCCAGCCGCUCUACCCAGACGCCCGCAUGGGCGUUCUGCCUGGCGGCACUGCUGCUGUCCGCGCCCUCGACCGUACGGUCGAGAAGAUGCUGGCCACCGCCGGCUCCACCUUGGUAACCGGUGGACGCCCGGGCUCUGGCCGCAACGCCAUGGUCUACGCGCCGACCCUCAUCCAACUCGACGACCCGGCCUCGCCCUGCGGCCUCGACGUCUCCAUCGUCGGCCCGUACGGCACCGUCGCCAUGUGGUCGACUCCGCGUGCGCUGCAGACUGCCCUGGAAGCCUUUGUUCCGCCGACCGAGUCGGACGACGAGCCCGUCGCCCGUCACCUGCCUCGAGUCCGUAUCGGCUUAUUCGACGGUGACGCCGAGUCUGAGCUCGUGGCUACACUUGUGAAUGCCUUUGACAUUGUCGAUCCCCUUGCUCCCGUCGACGAGCCUGUCGUGCCCAGCAUUGACGUCGAGGGUCCGGAAGGGGCCGCUCAGGAUGCCGAGGCCAGCGACGAGCCAAACGCCGAGCCAGCCGAGUCAGACGAUGCGGCUGUCGGGGCCAGUGACGAGCCAAACGCCGAGUCGGACACCCGCAACGGCCGUGUGGCCGACACCGCUUUCGACAACGACGCCGACCGCCCGCUGCCUGACGCGCUGCACCCGCGGCUGGAGAUGCUGCCCAGCCCGGCCCGGCUCCGGGUUGCGCUCACCGUCGGUGCCCUGCCUGCCCUGACGCUCUGGGAUGAGGCCUCGCUUGGCCGUGAGACGCCGGACGCCGCCCAAGUUGCCAUGGAGUUUGUCAUCAACCAGCUGACAACCUUCAAGGAGCUGCCCGGCCGGGCAGUCCCGCCGCCCAGCACCGAGCUCUUGCGCGAGCGCCGCACGUUUGAUGCCACCGGCCGGCGGUACUCGCACUCGGCCGGUGGAACAACUGACACGGGCCUGGUCUCCAUCCUCCGCCAGCCGUCCAACACGUCAAGCAAGCCUAAGCGACCGGUCAAGUUCAACCCGCAGGUCCGAGUCCGCCACAUGAAGGAGUAGUCAGUCGCCCGACAUCGGUCCCUUGCCUCUGUUCACCGUGGUUUGUUUAACACCAGCACGCACCACA